GGAUGAGGCUGCAUACCAUACUAUCAUAGAAUGAGAGACACCAGUGCUUCAACCUUCGGCGCCAGUGCAUAAGACUAGAAACUUCAAGUCCUUGGAAAGUGACGUCAAUGCUGUCAUCACUGUGAACAGGUGAAGAAAGAAAAACAGACAGAGAGGGCCUCCUGCCUGAUCAUGACUGCUGUGGUUCGACCUGGAGUCUAUAUUUCAGAGCUAUGUGAGGAAGGAGACAAGUUCCUUGAGGCCGGAGAGCUAGGGAGGGCUACCUCUCUCUACAUGUCUGCCUUCAGGACUCACGCCGCCUCCACCAUGUCCCACAUGCGGAAAAUGAAGUCUAGCCUGGGUGGGGUGAUUUCCACUCUAGAAGGUUGGCUUGACAGUCACGAGGAGACCCAGCCUGCUGAGGGUCUUAAUAAAGGUCUUGCAGCCGUGUUCCUGUCCACACUCUGCCCCAACAAUCUGUCAGCCACCAUUUUUAAAAUGGAGUCUCUACUUCAGAGUGGUGGGCAUGGCUGUGAGGAGAUUUUUGCUCGCUGCACUGCUCUGCUUGAAGGGAAACAACACCUUCAACCACAAGGUAUGAAUGGCAUGGUAUUGGAGAUCACUCGUGCCCUGGCCUGCUUGUUCUCAGAGCCUCACAGUAUCAAGGGGCUGAAGCUUUACCUCAAAGCUUACCAGAGUAACAAAUCUGAAACAGUCAAACUGAUUACAAGCAGACAAGCUGAGCACCUACCCAAAAUAGUGAGGGCCUUUAUAGACCAAACACUGCACAUAUAUCCCUCAAUGUGUGACAACAAGCGUGCAGUAACAGCAAAGGACAAUGAUAAGCUAGAGGUAGCAGCUACCUCUACAAUUAUUGAGUUUUUGUUGGCUAUCUCAUCUGAUAAUAGAGAAGUGCAGGAACUUCAAGCAGCAUAUUUUUUUUUGACAGGCAGGUUUGGGGACAGCGCAGAGGUGUACUCUGCUCUCUUGGGUCAUAGUCAAUGUCAGAAAACGUCAGAGAGUAGUACCGACAAGUCAUUUCAAGACACUCCUGAGAGGAGAGCCAGACUCUUAACCAGUCGAGCUGCUGCCUGUUUGUCAGCAGGUGGACGGACUGCAGAGGCAUGCAUGGAUCUAGGAGAGGCUUUUGAGAUACACCCUGCCACUGCCCGUAUUUAUUUCCAAAAGCUAUUCACAGAUCAUGGUACAGGGGUGGCUGCUCGCACCCAUCUCCGUCAGCAGGCAGAGAGAGGCCUGUCUGAUUACAGAGAAAGGGUCCUCAUCCGUCCAGACCUGAGGUCGACUGAAGGAGUUGAACUCCUGGACCCUGUGAUCACUCACCUGCGGACUCUGUGCCAUUUAGAGCCUGACGGGGGAGGCAGAGAGCUGCGGGUACGGCUGGCCGACUGUCUUCUCCUCAGAGGGGAACACAAAGAGGCCCUCUCCAUCUGCAGCCAGCUAGCUGCCUCCCAAGGUCAGCAGAGCUACCAAAACACAGUGCAGGUUCUUCGUGGAUAUGCACGACUUCUCUCUGAUGACCACAAGGGGGCAUUAGAAGACUUCCAGGCUGUAAUUGAACACAAUGCCCCCCACCCGUGCAGCUGUGUGCGGGCGCUGUGUGGCAGGGGACUCCUGCGCAUGAUGGGUGGCUUAAACUACCUCACAGCUUUAGACUAUGUGACAGCCAGCAGGCUGCAGCCUCAGGAGACAGCACUGACUGUUCGCUGCUUAGUGCCAUGGAACUACCGGGGGCUGCUGUUUACUGUUUUACUGGAGCAGGGACGAGUCAUGCUGGAGGGGACUGGACAGCACAAAUCCAAGUCCAGUUCUAGUGAAGACACCCAACAGCCCCGGCAAGGGCUUCAGCUGCAGGCCCUGUCAAAGAGAGACAACCACAGAUCAGGGACCCCUGCUGGUGUCCAGUCCCUGGCUGUGCUGCUGAUGGAGCUCCAGCCCGGUGCUGAUGGGGCCCAGAUCCUGGCGGCGGAUGCCUUGUACCAGCUUGGCCGGGUGGAGGAGGCCUACCGGCUGCUGCUUUCCAUCGGGCCCACCAGUCCACGGGCAUCCAUACUGGCUCGCCUCGCCCUGUUGCAACUUCAGAGAGGAUUUCUUUAUGACACCAAUCAGCUGCUGAAAAAGCUCGUUCAGUGCGGUGAGACAAGCUGCUUGCGCUCGCUGUUAGCGGUGGCACAACAGAAGGACCUAGCACUGCUGCAGGCACACUGCCACUCUGCUGCGAAACGCAUCCUGGAGGGCACGCGAGAGGAGAGUGCUAUCAGGGAGGCUGUGGCAUAUCUCUCCAUUGCUAUCAUGGCCUCUGGUGGCGAGGCAGCUGACUCUUUGCUAGAGAGAGCAAGGUGUUAUGCCCUGCUGGGCCAACGAAAGACGGCCAUCUUUGAUUUCAGUGCCAUUCUGAAGGAGCACCCAAAACAUGUUAAGGCCCUCUGUGGAAGAGGCUUCACCUAUCUCAUGUUGAACCAACAAAAGGAAUGCACUCAAGACAUCCUGGCAGCACUUCAGAUAAACACUGACAUAGUCACCAUAGACAUCCUGUCACUCAAGGACAAGGCACGGAAGCUGGUCUGUGAUUGGCUGCAUCAGUUCUGUCGGACCAAUCUGUCCGACAUCCUGGUCACUAAUGCUGUCCCCUGCCAUGAAGAGCAGCUAAGAGAUGCUUUUAUAAUUUGUGGCGCUCUGAUGAGGACUGGCUGCAGAGACCCCAGAUGGCAUCUUCUCUAUGUGGACAUACUCUUAGCCAAAGGUGAAAUUAAGGCAGCAGGUGCUCAUCUGUGCCAGGUGUUUGGCCAGGAGCCAAGAGAUGCAGUGGCCCAGGCGAGGGUGGGUGUGAUGGAGACCUGGCAGCAGAACUACCGCAGUGCAGCCUGCAGGCUCAGCAAACUGAGUGAGAAAGAUUCAUCCAGCCUGGACUUCUUGCUGGCCCUGAUCCCAUCCAAUCAGCGAAAACGCAUGGCACAGGCAGCAGCACAGGAAGCCAGCAAUGUGUCAUCAGGUGGCCAGUGGGAUCAGGCCCUUACACUCCUGACUGUGGCAGUACAUGCUGUGGGUAAUCACAGACUCCAGUAUCUUCGCCAGCGGGCUGCCUGCCUCGCUCAGCUGGGCUUACACGAGCGGGCUAUAACUGACCUGGACAGAGUUAUCCAGAGACACGGUGGAUCCGACUCCAGAUGCUCAGACGACCCCCAAGUCUGGGUGGAGGACCUGUGUCUGCGUGGCCGCAGCCUGGUGCUCUGUUCCAGAGAAGGAGCAGCUCUGGAGGACUUCACUCGGGCCUUGGAGCUCCACAGGAACCUGGCCAUCCAGUGUGUUGAGGCUGGUCUGGGGAGGCUGCGUCUGGCUGAGUGCUUCCUGCGGGGGGCGCUGCAGCAUUAUGGGGAGGAGCAGCUUAGUAAAGCCUGGACAUUAAUUGAAUGUGGCCUUGUCGUGGACAGUGAGAACGCAGAGCUCCGCAGACUGAGGACAAGGGUCAAACGAGAAGUGGCCAGUCCCUGCAAUGUCAACUAGUGCUGAUAGUCAGAAUCACACAGGAGCUCCAGCUGAGCUUAUAUUACGUUGCCAGGUCAAUGCCUGUUGGGGAGACCAGGGUGAUUUGAGCCUGUGGGGAAGUUGAGCCACCCCUUGUUUCUCUACAAAAUUGG